AUGAACCGUCGCCUCCUCUCCGCCCUCGGCAGUCGUCGAACUAUCGCGAACUUCUCCCCCAAAGAUCUGGAGCGAAUCGCAACGAAGAGGAACGAAUUGGCUGCCGACUUCGAUCGCGGCCUGGGGGAAGAUGGUGAAGGCAACAAGAUCAGGCUUGACGCCGAGGAGAAAACGAUCAGCACGUCGGUUGGCGAGCUGCCCAUGUCACCCCUCAUGGAUCCAGACUUCGUAGAGACUACCAAGAGGUGGAGGCAUCACAAGGGAAGGGCGAACAAAGGCGAAGUCAAGGACCUAAAGGAGAGAGCGAGGAGGAAACUUGAUGAAAAUGCAUAUGCUCAUGCCUUGGCAUCUCCCGUCCGAAUAUGUCAGGUCUUUAGAAAACGUCUCCCCUCCUACUUCCACCAAAAGUUCAAGGCCGUUCAGAACUUGGAAACCGGCAAGUUUUGGGCAAUCCCGGAGGAUAUUGAAUCAGCGGCACCAGAGAAUGAUACAGCAGACCAAGAGCCGGGUGCUGGCGAAGGAGCGCAAGAGCAGAAACCCAUGAUGGGGUCGCCUUCGGGCUACGUUAUGGCCAGGAAACGGGUAAUCUACAAUAUGUUGCAGAAGCCGGGUUCGAGCCCAUAUUCUGGAACCUCCAAGGCUGUCUUCGCCAGGCGGGCGAACUUGAAAACCGAAAGGAACCAGAUCGUAUGGCGCCAAGACAUGGACAACUUCGUGCUGGAGAAUCUGAGGCGUCAAGCGGUCAACACCAUCUUGUAUUAUUUGCGGUUGUCGGAAGACGCUGACCGUGGAUAUCUGAGGCCAUGCAGCUUCCGGGACGUACACGAAAUGCAGAAGCGUGGGUGUCUGCUGUGGAUGCCGCCAAACGGAGACGGCCCGGAGCCGUUGGAGCAAUUCGCUACUUUUGACGUCCCGGACGUCAAGUGGGAGAAGAAGCUGGCCGUUCAUGACCUCAACCAACUGCUGGGACCCGAACACAUGGCAACUUUAAGGCAGUAUUCCUUGUUCAAGGACAACUCGCUGAUCCUGUUGGGCAAGCGACGGUCAAUAGCUCUGCAGCUUGUGCUCUGGAAGCUACAGGGAUAUUUGGCAGAAUUCCCUCAAGAUUUCUGGGAAACUCCUUCGAAGACACGGCUGCCCAAAGAGGCUGGUCCAGCAACAGCAAAGAACGACGGGCUAAUGAAGAAAAGUCAAGAUGGCAGGGGUUUCUCGCGAAGAGAUGCGCCGGGAGGGAAGCCAUCAGCAGGAGACCACUCCGAAGGACGAGGAAAGAGACCGCAAGCUGAAAGGGGUCAUCUCAGAAGAGGCCCGUUGGAUGGCAACGCCCCAAGACGCGGCAUGUGUACACGAAGCACGGAUUUCGCGGCAGAGGCUAAAGAGAGCCAGCCCUCGAAGGAGAAAUCGAAGAAAGGCUCGAAAAACAAAGCCGCCGUGUCUAAAAAGGACAAAGCCAAAGGGCGCGAUCCCACAGAGGACGAACCGAAGAAAGUCUCAAAAAGAAACCCCAAGGGUGUCAAUUUAUCUAAAUUGGACGAAGCUGAUAGGGAAGCGAUAAACGCAAUUCUCGAAAAGAAACACCAGCGAGCACGGGAAGCGACGGAGGAAUUAGCUACACACAUGAGGCUGCACAGAGAUAUUGAGAGGGGCAGGUGGUCCGAUGAAUGA